UGCUGCCGCCGCCGCCUGGGGUUUGAUGGAUGGGCUCUGCUUGGAGUGAGGGGCUGCUGCUGCACAGUGCCUGGCUCCAAGGACUGCGAGGAGGACCAUGCCCUGGGCAGCCCUUCGCUAGCCGGCCAGCAUGGCUCCUUCCAGGAAGCCAAGGGGGUCCCGGGGGCCCCGGCGGGGAGCCUGGCUGCUGCUGGCCUGGGCGUCCUUCUUGCUGGGGGUCCCCGCGAGCGCCUGCCCGGCCCCCUGCGCCUGCAGCGGCCCCACCGUCGACUGCCACGGGCUGGGACUCCGCGCCGUCCCCAAAAACCUGCCCCGGAGCACCGAGAGGCUGGAGCUGAAUGGGAACAACAUCACCCGCAUCAACAAAAAUGACUUUGCUGGACUGAAGCAGUUGCGAGUUUUGCAACUGAUGGAAAACCAGAUCAGUGUGGUGGAGCGAGGGGUGUUCGACGACAUGAAGGAGUUAGAGCGACUACGUCUGAAUCGGAACCAGCUGCACACACUGCCAGAGUUGUUGUUCCAGAAUAACCAAGCAUUGUCACGACUGGACCUGAGUGAGAACCUCCUCCAAGCUGUGCCCAGGAAGGCAUUCCGUGGAGCUACUGACCUCAAGAACCUGCAACUGGACAAGAACCACAUUAGUUGCAUUGAGGAAGGGGCAUUUCGUGCGCUUCGAAGCUUGGAAGUUUUGACUUUGAACAACAACAACAUCAGCACCAUCCCCAUCUCAAGCUUCAACCACAUGCCCAAACUGCGCACCUUCCGCUUGCAUUCCAACCAGCUAUUCUGUGAUUGCCAUUUGGGUUGGCUUUCCCAGUGGCUGCGCCAACGGCCGACAAUUGGGCUCUUCACACAGUGUGCUGGCCCUGCCACUCUACGUGGCCUCAACGUUGCAGAGAUCCAGAAGAACGAAUUCACCUGUACAGGUCAGGAUGAUGCUACCAGGAUCCAAAUCUGCAGUUUUUCAUCAGGUUCCUGUCCUGCCAUGUGCACCUGCAGCAGUGGUAUUGUGGAUUGUCGUGGAAAGGGGUUGACAGCCAUCCCUGCCAACUUGCCUGAGACCAUGACUGAGAUACGCUUGGAACUGAAUGGCAUCAAGUCUAUCCCUCCUGGAGCUUUCUCAUCUUACAAGAAACUACGAAGGAUAGAUCUAAGCAACAACCAGAUCUCAGAAAUUGCACCAGAUGCUUUCCAAGGCCUGCGCUCACUUAACUCUCUAGUAUUGUAUGGGAACAAGAUCACAGAACUGCCUAAAGGGGUAUUUGGAGGCCUGUAUGCACUACAACUGUUGCUCCUCAAUGCCAAUAAGAUUAAUUGCAUCCGGGCAGAUGCCUUUGCUGAUCUGCAGAACCUGUCACUGCUCUCACUCUAUGACAACAAGAUCCAGACCCUGGCCAAGGGCACCUUUACCACCCUGCGUGCCAUCCAGACCCUCCAUCUAGCUCAGAACCCUUUUAUCUGUGACUGCAACCUGAAGUGGCUGGCAGACUUCUUGCGUGCCAAUCCUAUUGAAACAAGCGGAGCUCGCUGUGCCAGCCCCCGUCGCCUGGCCAACAAGCGCAUCGGACAGAUCAAGAGCAAGAAAUUCCGUUGCUCCCCCAAGGAACAGUAUUUCAUCCCAGGUACAGAGGAUUAUCAGCUAAACAGUGAAUGCCACAGUGAUGUGGUCUGCCCACCUAAGUGCCGUUGUGAAGCCAAUGUGGUGGAAUGUUCCAACCUGAAACUGACAAAGAUCCCAGAGCGCCUCCCACAGACCACUGCUGAACUGCGUCUGAACAACAAUGAGAUUACAGUGCUGGAGGCCACUGGCAUCUUCAAGAAGCUCCCACAUUUAAAGAAAAUAAAUCUGAGCAACAAUAAGGUCUCUGAGAUUGAGGAUGGGGCCUUUGAAGGGGCUGCCUCAGUCAGCGAGUUACACCUGACGGCUAAUCAACUGGAGUCAGUACGCAGUGCCAUGUUCCGGGGCCUUGAUGGGCUACGGACACUGAUGCUGAGGAACAACCGCAUCAAUUGCAUCCACAAUGACAGUUUUACAGGGCUUCGAAAUGUGCGCCUUCUCUCCUUGUAUGACAAUCAAAUCAGCACUAUUUCACCGGGUGCUUUUGACACACUACAGUCCCUCUCUACUCUGAACCUGCUGGCUAACCCAUUCAACUGCAAUUGCCGUCUGGCCUGGCUGGGUGACUGGCUUCGCAAGAGGAAGAUUGUGACUGGGAAUCCACGCUGCCACAAUCCUGAUUUUCUGCGCCAAAUCCCAUUGCAGGACGUUGCCUUCCCCGACUUCAGGUGUGAGGAAGGCCAGGAGGAGACCAGCUGCUUCCCACGCCCUCAGUGCCCCCAGGAGUGCACUUGCUUAGACACUGUUGUCCGCUGCAGCAACAAGCACCUGAAAGCCCUUCCCAAAGGGAUACCCAAGAACGUCACUGAGCUCUACCUUGAUGGCAAUCAAUUCACCCUGGUCCCUGGACAGCUCUCCACAUUCCGUUACCUUCAACUGGUGGAUCUGAGCAACAACAAGAUCAGCUCUCUGAGCAACUCAUCAUUCACCAAUAUGAGCCAGCUCACCACCUUGAUUCUCAGCUAUAAUGCCCUGCAGUGUAUCCCCCCAUUGGCCUUUGAGGGGCUCCGUUCACUACGGCUGCUGUCCCUCCAUGGAAAUGACGUCUCUACACUCCCUGAAGGGAUCUUUGCAGAUGUCACUUCUCUAUCUCACUUAGCCAUUGGUGCCAACCCCUUGUACUGUGAUUGUCAUAUGCGCUGGCUCUCAGGAUGGGUCAAAACUGGCUACAAAGAACCUGGCAUUGCCCGUUGUGCUGGCCCUACUGACAUGGAAGGCAAACUGCUGCUGACCACACCAGCCAAAAAGUUUGAGUGCCAAGGACCUCCCCCUGUAGCCAUCCAGGCCAAGUGCAACCCCUGUCUUUCCAGUCCUUGUCAAAACAGGGGUACUUGCCAGCAAGGUCCUCAGGAUUCCUACCACUGCAUCUGCUCCAGCAAGUACAAGGGAAGAAACUGUGAAUUCUCUGUUGAUGGUUGCUCCAGUGGGCCCUGUGAGAAUGGUGGGACCUGCCUGUCUCAUGAAGGAGAUGGAGUCAGCUUUAUGUGUUCCUGCACAGAUGGAUUUGAAGGACCAACCUGCAAUCUGAAGACCAACAGCUGCAACAACAACAGCUGCAAGAAUGGUGGCACCUGCAUCAGUGACUCCACCAAUUACACCUGUGUUUGCCUUCCAUUUUACGCAGGAAUUUACUGUGAGCAACUAAUGGAUGUCUGUUCCCCAGAGCUCAGCCCUUGCCAGCAUGGGGCCAUAUGUAGGAUCUCCUCUGAUGGACCCAAGUGUGAAUGCAUGCCUGGCUACAUGGGGGAUAACUGCAGCAUGGACUAUGAUGACUGCUUGGAUCACCAGUGCCAGAACAAUGCCAAAUGCUUUGAUGAGCCAAAUGGGUAUUCCUGUCUCUGUACUGGUGGCUAUAGUGGUCAACUCUGUGAGAUACCACCCCAUCGAUCCCUCCAGCCCACUCCCUGUGAGAGGGCAGAAUGCCAGAAUGGUGCCAACUGUGUCGAGCUUGCCAGUCGUGCCUUAUGCCAGUGCCUCCCUGGCUUUGGAGGGCCCAAAUGUGAGAAGCUGCUGAGUGUCAAUUUUGUGGACAGGGACACAUACCUCCAGUUCACUGAUCUGCAAAACUGGCCCAGUGCCAACAUCACCUUGCAGGUGUCCACAGCUGAAGAUAAUGGAAUCCUCUUGUAUAAUGGGGACACUGACCAUAUGGCGGUUGAGUUGUACCAAGGGCAUGUGCGUGUCAGCUAUGACCCCGGCACUUAUCCUAGCUCUGCUAUUUACAGUGCAGAGACUAUCAAUGAUGGACUGUUCCAUACAGUGGAACUGGUGACCUUUGAGCGGAUGGUGAAUCUUUCCAUUGAUGGAGGUGACCCCAUGACUAUGGAUAGCUUUGGCAAGGCCCACACACUAAACUCCGAAGCUCCACUCUAUGUUGGAGGGAUGCCUGUGGAUGUGAACUCUGCUGCCUUCCGCCUCUGGCAGAUACUAAAUGGUUCCAGCUUUCAUGGCUGUAUCCGCAACCUCUACAUCAACAAUGAGCUGCAGGACUUCACCAAGACUCAGAUGAAGCCAGGUGUGGUGCCUGGCUGUGAACCUUGCCGCAAGCUAUACUGUCUGCAUGGCAUUUGCCAACCCAACACUCCUCAUGGUCCUAUUUGCCACUGUGAUCCAGGCUGGGUGGGACCCCAUUGUGACCAGCCUAUUAGCAACCCCUGCCAGGGGCACAAGUGUGUGCAUGGAAUCUGUGUGCCCUUGGAUGUGCUCUCCUAUAGCUGCCAGUGCCAGGAUGACUACAAGGGGGCCUUGUGCAACCAGCAAGGGGAACUACACAACCCUUGCAAGAAUUUGCAGUGCGUUCAUGGCCAGUGUCAGAUCUCAGACACAGGAGAGGCCUACUGUGAAUGCAACGGGGGAUUUGAUGGUGACCUCUGUGACCAAGAGUCGGAAUGUCGAGGUGAGGCUGUGCGUGACUUCCACCAGGUCCAGCGUGGCUAUGCCAUCUGCCAGACCACACGGCCUGUCUCCUGGGUGGAGUGCCGAGGAUCCUGCCCAGGACCAGGUUGCUGCACAGGACUGCGUCUCAAGCGCAGGAAGUACACCUUUGAGUGCAGCGAUGGCUCUUCCUUUGUGGAGGAGGUGGAAAAACCCAGCAAAUGUGGCUGUUCCCAAUGCCUGUAGUUUCUGGCAAGGGACAGGCCAGAGCCAGAGACCACUAGAUCAGGCCUGGACUGACAAAGGCCUUGGGACCUUCUCCUCUUGCCCCUGUUGCUGGGAGGGUGGUGGGGUAGGAGACUCCAUUUGGCAGCUGACCCUUUGGCUCAGUAACAGUAGCUCUUCUGGAUGGACCAAACCACAGUGUAGAUAGAAGACUUUUGCUGGCAAAUCCAGCAGAACAGAUGUAUUUAUAUCCAGCACAGACUUUAUCUGGGGCCAUUGCUUGAACCCAGUAUGGAUUCUUAUCAGUCUAGCCAUACCUGUUUGUGUUGUCCUGAGGGGCCAUGCCUAGCUGAGCCUCAGGAUCCUGUCAUUUCAUGUCUUCUCAUUUUACUUGGUGUUGGAGUCUGCGAUGUGCCUGCUUUCUUUUGUUAGGCAGCUCUCCCCCCCCCCCCUUGCUGGGUAGCCACUCUUGCUUCUCUUCUUGCUCCCCUGCUCAUUGCCACCUCAUUUUCCAUUUAUGGGGCUCAGUUGCAAACUGUAUGAAGACAGAGGCAGCAGCCAGGGAAAGGGGCAGGAAAGGGAAGACAAUGUAAUUUUGAAGAAGGAAAGAGAUUGUAUGAGUAGCUGCUUCUAACAACCUGAUGAUCACAAGGUAAUGAGGUACAUAAGAACAGCUUAGCCUGGGGGCACCAAUGUGAUCAUCUGCCAAGACCUGCUUAAAAGGAAACUGGACAUAUUCUAGGUUGGUUAAGCCACAAGCAUUACCAGGAAUACACAUACUUGUUCUGUGCUCACUUGUACCACAGUGGGUCUUACUUGCUGAGUAUGUAUUUGGUUCUAUGGAGACUGGAAGAUCCUUGGCUAAUUGUUUUCACAUUAUAGUUGUUCAGGCUAGGACUUGAGAUUAGGCCUAGCUCUCUGGCCUGAGCUUAAAGUCUUGCAAUUUCCAUGAUGUGCAUGCAACAACAGAGACCAAAUUUGGUUUCUCUGGAUUCCUCCUGUGUUCCUGCAGCCAAUGCUGUAGUUCUACACUGUAGAAUCAUUUUCUGUGUAACUGCCAUUUGUUUGCUGAAACAAAAGGUCUGAAUAUUUAAGGAUGGUAUUAGUUCUUUAAUUCAACAAUUGCCAAUUCUAGGAUAAUCAUAUCCAUGCCCAUCAUACUUACUUUCACUCGCCUUUUAGAAGGGCAGCAGAGAGGGAGGGGAAUGGAUAGCAUGUGUCUCCAUUUAUUGUAGCAUUUCUCUUCAAAAAUGCAACAUAAACACCAGGCCCACCAUAAAGUAGCCUUGUCCCUGCUCCUCAGUGGGGAGUGGGGUAUGAUAAAUCAGGCACUGCCUGUCACAAAAUCUGAAGCACAGGUUUCCAGAGUAGGCACUUUAGACUUUGCCCAUCUAGGGCACAAAUGAGACCAGGUCUUUGCCACAAAAUCAAAGUGAGUGAGGUGGAUUUUUAACAUCUAGGUAUUUAAAAUAAACUAAGCAGACAAUGUUGCUUCUUUCUCUGUCUCCGAAUCCCUGUUUGUUAGUGGGUUAUUUUGAUGGACCCAAGGCAGAAAAGCUUGCAAAUUACUCAAGGAUAGUUUGUGGUUUUUUCAGGCUAUAAGACUGUGCUCUAAGAGUUUAUUCCUGAUGUUUCACCAGCAGCUGUGAUACUUUGGAUCUAGCUUCUUCCAGAGAAAAUUUUUUCAUUCCCUGUCUACUUGCUGUGGGCCAACAAUGGCAAGGGAAACCCAGCUUCUGCACCAAAGCAAAUUGAAUUCUGAUCAAGAAAAGCUGCAAUCUCAGAUCAACAGAGAUUAUGUCAGUCAAACAUAUUUGCAGGUUGCUUGCAUAUAUUUCCCCCUGCUUCUGCUGGUCAGGAGGGGAAAAGAAAUAAAAAGAACACACUAAAGCUGUAAGUCCUGACCAUUGGAAACAUUUCUCACAUACUUCCUCCACAUACUGAGGCUUUAAAGUAUACAGGCAGCCUUGAAGGCUUGGAAUACCUUUGUUUAAAAAGCGAGAGCUGAGAUUCUCAGGAUCCUGAAUCCCCAUCCAAUUACCUUGCAAGAAAACUGUUGCUGAGAGACCACACAAUAUCUCAUGUAAGCUUGGAGGCCUUAGCUCUACCUGUGUUCUUGUUUCCAGGGCAACCUCAGCAGCCUCAAACAGGUGCCUGUUGCUUGAAAGGUAUGGAUUAUAUUUCUUCCAAGAGGGUUUUCUAGAGAGGUAGUCCUUGGGUCUAACCAGAGCGCAUCUGGCAGCAGUUUUCUAGGACAAUGGGUUUUGUUGUAUGGUGGAUGCAAGUCAGGAAAAGUGGACCUUAAGAGGAGUGUUGCUCGCUGGAGGAGUACUUUUGGGUUCUCCCAGGUAUCAAACGGUUAGAUUAUAUCUAUCAUACAGUUGAUGGUUACACUUUAAUUAGGGGGGGGGGCAAGGGGAAAUAGCAGUAUGAAAGUAAUUUUCUGCUCCUUUUACCUGGCUGUGUCGAAACUGUGCUAAUCUGUUAAAUCUGUCAUUGCUGCAGGUUAAGAGGUGAUAGGUAAGUGGAAUGAACCUGAAUGGCAGGAGGGCUUAAUCUCCCUGCUAGUACCAAGAGCUUUUGACUCCACCAAGAUCUAUUGACAAAUGCAACAGGAAACAAGAUGGGAGCCAAAUCAAUUUGAAUGUAACAUGAUUUGUAGGGGCAUUAAAACCUGCCACCAAUUUCA